GUUUAAUCUGUAGAUAAACCUCGAGAUUAAAACUCGAGUUAUCAUGAUUGCAAUCAUUUAACGAAGAAGUUGCUCUAUCUGAAGUUAAUUUAUGUGUUUUAAUUAAGGUUCAACUUGUGGCCAGUUCUAAAUCAACUGCUGAAGGUAGUACAAUUAAUUGAAGAUGUUUCAUAAACUUGUUUCCAAUCUUCUAUUCUGGUGUAUUUUAUUGGUAAUUUGGCCCGAUGAAGCAAUUUGUCAAGCACCUGGAGACAAGCUAGAUGGGCGGGAACAGAAAGAAGUUGACAAGCGUGCACCCCCACCAAAUCAAUUUGAAAAAAUGCAACAAAAAAUGGUACUGCCUCUCUUUGACUUAGUCACCUACGGACCUACAAUUGUAUUUGAAGGCGUUGACUAUGAUCUUCUUGCAACUCCUACUUACAAAGAAUACUACGAUUGUUACUACUUACACACAAAAUGUGUUCGAGAUCAAUCCAAUUUUAAUGAAGUUUGUGCUUAUCAUUUAGUAUUGGGAUGGAUAAAUUUCGCGACUCCAUGUGAGAUAGAUCUUGCGAAUUGUCUACAUCGUAUGGAAAUGGGCAUACCAAUGUAUGGCGGAGAUAAGAAACAAGAUACAAUAUUUUUCCAAGGUGAAGGAAGUAAUUGUCAGGGAACCCAAUAAUUUUAAUUUAUUAAUUACAAUUAUAAUAAUGAGUACUAAGUAUACGCCUAUUGAGUAUGUAAAUUAAUGUCUCACUUAUCUAUAAUACAUUUUAAGAACUUGGCUUACUGUUCUU